AUGAUGGAUAAACAUCCACAAAAAUUAUACGACUGUUCUACACGAACUAUCUGGAUAUUGAAAACCACAAUGGAUCAAAAUAUCAAUCUAAAUUCCCUAACACCUACCCAAAAAGGGCAGCUAAUGGAACAAAUGAGAGCUGAAGUUGCUUUAGCGAGCGCAAGGGAGCUCCUAGAGAAAAUGUCCGAUAAAUGUUUUGAAAAGUGUAUUACUAAACCAGGAACAAGUCUGGACAACUCAGAACAAGUAAGGCUUGUGCAUGGACCGUUACGUAGAAGCUUGGAAUCUCGUAUCCAAAGUAUUUGCAGCGCGCAUAAGACGUGA